AUGCAGUACCUUGCCAUCGCCUCGCUCCUCGUCUCGCUCGUCAGCGGCGUCGCCAUCGACCUGGCCGCGCGCGACUCGCCGCUGUCGGUCGCCAUCGAGGUGGUGGGCAACAGCGAGGUCAAGGCCACUGUUACCAACAACGGCGGCGAGGCUCUCAAGCUGCUCAAGGCGGGGUCGAUCCUGGACUCGCAGGCGGUCGAGAAGACGGAGGUUACGACCUCUGACUCCAAGAUCCAGUUCGACGGCCUCCGCCUCACCAUCGCCACCCACGGCCUGCCCGACGACGCAUUCGUCACCAUCGCCGCCGGCGGGACCCUGUCGGCCCAGUUCGACGUGGCCGCCGUGCACGACCUCGGCGCCGGCGGCGCCUUCUCCAUCACCUCGACCGGCGCCUUCUCGUACGCGGCGGAGGGGUCCAACGACAUCUCGGGCGCCGUGCCCUUCUCGAGCAACACGGUCACCGCCAACGUCGACGGCGCCGCCGCCGCCGUGGUGCGCCGCGACUUCCACGCGCGCCUGCUGCAGAAGCGCACCGCCGUCCAGUCCGACUGCACGGGCACGCGCCGCACCGCCACCACCAACGCCGUCUCGGCCUGCCGGUCGCUGGCGGCGCAGGCCUCGUCCGCGGCGGCCUCGGGGUCCGCGGCCAAGAUGACCGAGUACUUCAAGUCGAGCACGUCGUCGACGCGCAGCACGGUGGCGCAGGUGUUUGCGCGCGUGGCUUCCGAGUGCGGCAGCACCACGGGCGGCAACAGCCGCCUCUACUGCUCCGACGUGCUGAGCGCCUGCUCGAGCGGCGUGCUGGCCUACACGCAGCCCUCGACCAGCAUCAUGGUCAACUGCCCGCUCUACUACUCGGCCCUGCCCGCCCUCAGCCGCACCUGCCACGCCCAGGACCAGGCCACCACGACGCUGCACGAGGCCACCCACCUGCGCCAGGUCGCCGGGACCGACGACUUUGGUGUCUAUGGCUAUGCCGCCGUCCAGCGCCUGAGCGCUGCGCAGAACCUGCGCCACGCCGACACGUACACGCUGUUUGCUCAGAGCAUUUACGCGGGGUGUUAG